GGCGCGGCCUGCGGAGCGGCGCCUGAGUCGGACCCGGUCUCCGUUGCGGCGAUGGCGUGUCACCGCCUGGUGCUGGUGCGGCACGGCGAGAGCACCUGGAACCAGGAGAACCGCUUCUGCGGCUGGUUCGACGCGGAGCUGAGCGAGAAGGGGGUCGGCGAGGCGCAGCGGGAGGCCGAGGCCCUGCGGGAUGCCGGCUACCUGUUCGACUGCUGCUACACCUCGGUGCUGCGGAGGGCCAUCCGCACCCUCUGGAUCAUCCUGGACACCACCGACCAGAUGUGGCUGCCCAUCACCCGCUCCUGGCGCCUCAACGAGCGGCACUACGGCGCCCUGACCAGCCUCAACAAGGCGGAGACCGCCGCCCGCCACGGGGAGGAGCAGGUCCGCGUCUGGAGGAGGUCGUUCGACAUCCCGCCGCCCCCCAUGGACGCCGAGCACCCGUACCACAGCACUAUCAGCAAGGUGAGCGAGUAG